AGUCUAAAAUUAGGGAGGCACCCCAACUGCAAAUGACGCAAGAAGGCUAAACUGGACAGUCUACUCGUCUCUGUGUCAAUGGUAACAGGACUCAGGACCAUGGAAACGUCCCUUACAACUUUGCUGUUGUUGAUGACAUGCAGGGUAUUUUUAGCCGUUGUUGUCAUCUUUCCGUAGCUGCCCGGCUGCGGCGUUCAGUAUAAAGGACUCUUUCAAAAUGCAGUUGUACAACAGUGUGCUGACACACUACCCGAGGUCGUCGCGCAAAGUUACAAUAACUUUAACGACUGGAUCUGAGCGAUUGAACGGAACAGCAGCAAGUUCCUCUGAUCCUGAGCAGCCAGGAUUUGCUCAAGCAGACACAACUUCAGCGACCAACGGGGAUCCGGUGAGGGAGACUGCUUCUUCCGCAAACAUGCCUGCCUUUUCAUGUUACGAAGCUUCAUCUAUGAGGCCAAUUUACUUCACGUCGACCGCUGAAAUAUUAAUCCGCAGACCCGACGGAGUGGAGAGGUCUGUGCCUGUCCACAUUGUGAGGGAGUCCAAAAGCAAACCUCCUUCUCCCAGCUCUCAUAAUGAGGAAAGCAUCCUCUGUAAUGACUCUGAUGUGAUAGUGGACUUCAUAGAUCAUCUGAGAAAUGGGACAGAUGAGCUUUUCCCUGACUGUCCAGAGCUGGUUGGAAAUAACCUUUUCACCAGUAAUAACAUUUGUAGACCCAGAGUAGAAGAAUACCAGAGGAUGGUGGUUGAUACAAGUGAGGAUGAUACAGUGUCCGUGACUAAUACCCCCUUUAGAAGCAAUGGAUGGGCGUCAGUACAUGAAGAAGAGCCUGUCCCCUCCAGGGCAGCUCAGCCUGGAGACCUCAUAAAGGAAGAUUUUAGUGAUAUGAGCAGUGGCAAAGCUGCUCCAGCGUCAGAUGAGAGACGGCCUUUUGAGCUCAGCGUCCUCCAGGAGUCUCCUCCACAGAGAUGCCAAGAGAGAGGGGAUAUCAACGAUAAGGUCACCCAGUACCUGGCUGAAGUGGAGAAACAAAACAAGUACCUCCAGGAGAGGAGUAAAUACAGGUACCACAUCAUUCCAGAUGGCAACUGUCUGUACAGAGCUGUGUGCAAAGCCACGUACGGGGACCAGGCGAGGCACGGGGAGCUCAGGGAGCAGACAGUCCACCACAUCGCUGACCACUUGGAUGAGUUUAACCCCAUCAUCGAAGGGGAUGUAGGAGAGUUUCUGAUUAACGCCGCCCAGGACGGAGCCUGGGCCGGGUACCCCGAGCUUCUCGCCAUGAGCCAGAUGCUGAACGUCAACAUCCACCUGACAACAGGGGGGAGCUCGGAGAGCCCCACUGUCUCCACCAUGGUGCACUAUCUCGGGGAGGAGGAUGCUUCUAAAGCUGCCAUCUGGCUGAGUUGGCUCAGCAACGGUCACUACGACGUCCUCUUGGACAGGUGUCUCCCCAACCCGGAGUACGAAGACUGGUGCAGACACUCGCAGAUGCAGAGGAAAAGAGAUGAGGAACUGGCAAAGUCAAUGGCUGCCUCAUUAUCCAAAAUGUACAUUGAGCAAAAUGGAUCUGCGUGAAAGAAAUAUGUCGCGAGUUAAAGGGCGCACACUGUUACAGACGAGUGCAGAACUGUUUUUUUUUUAAUUCUGCUUGGUUCCUACAUACUUUAAAGGAUUUUUAUAAGAUUUAUAUUGUGACAGAAAGGAAGUGCAGUGCACAUACUUAAGAUUUUGGAUAUGUAAACAAUGACAAAUUAGUGCCAGUUGUUUCUGAAAGUGUGUGAGCCUGUUCUUCUUGAUAGUGUGGGUUAUGUUAACAUGAGUGAAAAUACUUUUAAUACUGUUACUGUACAUAUAAGUGCUUUUGAGUCCAUAGUAUUUAUUUGCCUUUUAUUGGCAGACCAGUUAUUUUUCUAUGAUGCCUUUGCUUUUUACGCCAGCGUCACAUAUUUUCAAAGACCGAGAGACCUGGUUCGCUUGGUUUGUUUAAUAUCUCUUCAGCUACUCUCUUUUGCACAAAAGUCCUGUCAGACUAGUUCAGAGAGUUUACUUUGUGUCUGUGAGAACAAUUCAAGGAUUGUUGUUGUUUUUUUUUUCUAUUAUUACAGUUCUUUUUAGGAA